CGCCGCUCCAGCUCGUCCAACGUCCGCGGUUGACUCUCAGGAAGCGGCUUGGAGGCUCAUCCGCCGCGGCCACAUUCCCAUAACUGACACGAACUCAGACUCGGACAAUCCCGAUGCCACGGUCGCGCGGUUUCUGCCACCUCUGUAGUCCGUAUUAAAAGUGACACUUCCACUGGACUUCCUUCUCCUGGAGACGAUAAUGCCGGAUGGUCGCGCUCAUGAAAUUCACCAGAGACAUAUGUCGCCUGUUGGGGCUCGUCAGCGUGAGGCCUCUUCACUUCAGGGAAUACUCAAUAUUUUCCUAACCCCGCAGUGGUGCUGAGCAGAUUCUACUUGGGUUCUGUAAUUUACAUUGGCCGGGGAGGCCAUGAAGGUCCGCCUGCAGAGCAGCAGGAUGAACAGAUGGACUGUGGUGCUGCACUCCCUGACUCCAGUGGUGCUGGGGCUUUGUCACAGGGUGCAUUAAAUGUUGAGGAGGAUCAGAGCAAAGACGAGAAGGCCAGACGCAAAGCAGAGCGACGCAGGGCCAAAAGAAAGCGCUGUCGAAAACGUAAGAAGCAGGAGCAGGUGAAGGAAAGCGAGACAGCUGAUCAGGAUGACGAAGACAGAGGCAGUAAGUCUGAAUUGGGUGACAGUGAAUCGGAAGUGGAAACUAAGACGGAAAGGCACACACAUCUGCAAAAAGAGGACAAAAAGGAUGAAAAACCAGCUGCCUCAUACAAAUUUGCUACCUCCAACACUACCACUUCCUCCAGAGAGCAUCAGAAAGCAAGAUCAACUGAAGAGGAGCCAGAGUGGGACAUGAAUAGUGCCUUCUUUGCCAAUGCUGCCAGCCACAUCAAGCACAAAGGAACAUGCCGCAAGUCCAAAGAGAAUGAAGAAAACAAGGCCAAAAAGGAGACCAGCGUAGCUGACACGCCGAGGAAGAAAAGUACAUCACUUGCAGAAAAAGGGAUAAAGCUAGUGCAACAGGGGCAGUACUCAAAAGCAGCCUGCAUGUUUACAGAAGCCAUCAAAUGUGAUCCAAAUGAUUACAGGUUCUACGGGAAUCGUUCCUAUUGCUAUUACUGCUUGGAGAAGUACCCUCAGGGCCUGGCAGACGCCGAGCGCUCCAUCUACCUGGCUCCAGACUGGCCCAAAGGACACUUCCGCAAGGGCAGUGCUCUUAUGGGCAUGAAGCGGUACUCUGAGGCGGAGAAGGCUAUGGAGCAGGUGCUAAAACUGGACAAAGACUGUGAAGAGGCUGUCAAUGAACUCCAUCAUUGCAAAGUGCUGCAAUUGAUGGAGUUUGGUUUUGAAGAACUGGAGAGCACAAUGCUGCUGGAAAAAUUCUCAACAGUGCAAGCUGUUUUGGCUUGUUGCUUCGACACCACUGGAGUUGCAAGCCAAGAUCAGUCAGUUACACAACUUGGCCCUUGCCCAUCUCUGUGGGUGGGAAAUGUGACGACGGAGCUGACAGAAAAACACCUAAAGAACCUUUUUAAAAUAUAUGGUGAGAUUGAGAGCAUCCGCGUCCUGCACGAGAAGUUUUGCGCCUUUGUUAAUUUCAAGAAUGUCACAGACGCGGCGCGUGCCAUGGAGAACCUCAACGGUUAUUCAAUCGAGAACACACGUUUAGUGGUGCGCUACCCGGACCGUCGCUCUCAACGAGUCCUUCCUCUUCCGCUCGUUGCCACUCAGCAGGCAGGUGCUGCUGCUGGACCCCGGCGAAGAGGCCCUGUAAACGGAGACGAGUGUUACUUCUGGAGAACCACAGGUUGCCAUUUCGGCGAGAAAUGUCGCUACAAACACAUUCCUGAGCACAAAGGCAACGACAGGAAGCCGUGGCAGCCUUAAACUGACGUUUGCCUCUCUCGUUCCCGAGAAAACUGGUACACACCGUCAAUGGGACUGGAUGGUACGGUACUAAGCGGAACGGCGUCUCUCGGCUAGUGUAUAGUUUACCCUGGUAAAAACCGGAGCACAGAAGUCAAGGUCAGUGCCAGCACUCAGGCUCUAACGCAGGAGAAGUUAAGCGUGUGGCACAAUGCACUGGGAAUGGGAUGAGUUUCACUGCAAAAAAAAAGGAAGAACAGCGUCACCCCAUGGUGACAUCCCGACACAUGCUGACUGAUCUGUGGCUGAAGGGAUACGAGCAAACCUCAAAGACACACUGACCGAUGUAUUCUAUUGGUUCUGCUCUGCACAGCAGUGAACAAAUGAUUGUAUUAAAAACAGAAGGGUGGAAGGCUACGUGGAAAAUAAAGAAUGUGACAAUUACAAGAAAAAAAACUCAAGUUACAGGAAUACAGUCUAGAACAUACAAGAAUGAAAUUAACAUUUUCAAAGAAAGAAAAAGAGACAGCAUGAAAGGAAAGGCCUAACAUUGAGUGAUGACUGAAAGUGCCACGUAGCUCUAAAAACCACUCCUCUGGCUUUGGUCUCGUAAAAUGAAAAAGAAAAAAUUUUUUUUGUGAGUAUCAGGGCAACUUUAUUGUUGUUAAGUUAAAUUUUAAGGCUUGAUAAAAUUACAACUGAAAAUUACAACUGUUGUAAAAUGUAAACCUUCUAAAAGUCCAUCUUUUAUUUCUUUCUCCUAAACUAAUUUGAUACACAAUUACAGCUAUUCUUUUAAAAUGCGGACUAGUUUUUUUCACUUUUCUUUCUUACAACUGUGUAAAAUCACAACUAUUCUUACAAUAAUAAUCCCCCCCAACCCACCCAGUUCUUAAUAUAAAGAUUUUAUUUUUUUCCCUUUCAUAAGUAACUGAUUACACGUUUUGGUAAAAUUACAUGGUUCGUCCCAUAAACUGACAAUUUUCUUGUAAUAUUCAGAUUUUUUUUUCAAAAUGCCUUUAUUCCUUGCAAUAGUCUAACUUCCUUCUUCCACAAUACCCCCCCCCUACAACAUAAGACAUUGUUGUAGCGUGACCUUUUUUCAUCAAAUGUUUGUAUUUUACUCUUGUUAUUCCCCGACUGUAUACUUGCAUUAUCAUUCUCUUAUUUCUUUUCAAUGUGCGCUGAAUACUUUGUGGAACAACCAGCAUGAAACUUUAGAGUUGUAGGGUUAGGGUAAGGACUCCAUCUUUUUGUCAUCAUCAUCCAAGCUCAGUCUUUUGUUAGAACUCCAAAUAAGAUGCCUUGAUUGUCCUAGCCAGUUUGUGGGAACAAGUCAUUGUUGAAUCUAUGCAAGAAUAACGCCCUACGUUAUUUUUAUUAUUCGUGUAUAAACCAGAACACCAAAUGUGUUUUAGUUGAUGCACAUAAAGAAAAACAUUGUUUGUGAUCGGUCAGUAUUUCAUUGAACCAAAGAAUCUGAUGCCUCUGCACGAAGGAGGAAAAAAAAAAAGCCUUUGCAUCAACACUUGCACAUUAAAAUUGGCAUCAUAGCGGAAUUUUCUAGUUUAGGUCUAAACUACAUUCAUAAGUAAUAAUAUGUAUUUAUUUCCUAUUUAUAGAUGUUCAUCUUUUUUCUGCGUCCAGUCAUAAGGAUGCGUUGAACAAAUAUUUAGUAGAAAUGUUUAUUUUUAGACAAGCGUUCUUAUUAAGCACACUUUAAAAUGUUAACACUGUUUAUGGCACUUCUGCUUCUCAUCCAUUAUUUUUUGCCUUAUGUUGAAAAAAAGAGAGCUUUUGGACAAGAAACUUGAUAAUUGAUCACAUAUGCAUAAUAUAUUGUUGCUUUUAUUUGUCUCACCCAUUUUCCACGCCUUAUUUCAGGAAAAGGGAUUUUCCACUUCAUUGUGCACAUUUAGUGACCUGAGCACUGCAUUGUUAAUCCAUGAUAUAUUUUGUAUUAUUGUCACUGCAUUGCAAGCGUUUUUUUUUUUUAAUUUAAUAAAUGUUUUGUUAACAACA